UGACGUCACCAAAGCGCGCCGGAAGUACGUGUUGGCCGCGCGCGCUGCUAGGGCCGAGGGGACCAGAUAGGCUUCGGAGAGGCCUGGGUUUUGUGGGCAAGGCCGCGGCCGGCAGCGGCCUCUGCUUCCAUAAAGCACGGCGUGAUGGGAGACGAGAUGGAUGCCAUGAUUCCGGAGCGAGAGAUGAAGGACUUUCAGUUUAGAGCCCUGAAGAAAGUGAGAAUCUUCGACUCCCCUGAGGAGCUGCCCAAAGAGCGCUCUAACCUGCUCGCCAUAUCCAACAAGUACGGGCUGCUCUUUGCUGGAGGAGCCAGUGGGCUGCAGGUUUUCCCCACUAAAAACCUGCUUAUUCAGAACAGACCUGGAGAGGACCCCAAUAAAGUAGUUGAUAAGGUCCAAAGCUGGCUUGUUCCCAUGAAAUUCCCAGUGCAUCACCUGGCACUGAGCUGUGACAACCUCACGCUGUCCGUGUGCAUGCUAUCUGGGGAACACGGCUCCGUCAUUGCCUUCCUCGACGUGCGCACGCUGGCCAACGAGGCUAAGCAGCAGAAGCGGCCGUUUGCCUAUCACAAGCUUUCGAAGGAUGUAGGAGGCAUGGUGAUCGAUAUGAAGUGGAACCCCACUGUCCCUUCCAUGGUGGCAGUUUGUCUGGCUGAUGGCAGUAUUGCUGUCCUGCAAGUCACAGAUGCAGUGAAAGUGUGUGCCACGCUUCCUCCCUCGGUGGCAGUAACAUCCGUGUGCUGGAGCCCCAAGGGAAAGCAGCUGGCGGUGGGCAAGCAGGACGGAACCGUGGUCCAGUACCUUCCGACUUUACAAGAAAAAAAGGUGAUUCCCUGUCCUCCGUUUUACGAGGCGGAUCAUCCGGUGAGAGUGCUGGACGUGCUGUGGAUCGGGACCUACGUCUUCACCAUCGUCUAUGCUGCGGCAGAUGGGACCUUGGAGACGUCUCCGGAGGUGGUGAUGGCACUGCUUCCGAAAAAGGAAGAGAAGCACCCGGAGGUCUUCGUGAAUUUCAUGGAGCCCUGCUACGGCAGCUGUGCAGAGAGGCAGCACCAUUACUACCUUAACUACAUCGAGGAGUGGGAUCUAGUGCUGGCGGCAUCUGCAGCUUCAACGGAAGUCAGCAUCCUUGCUCGUCAGAGCGACCAGGUUAACUGGGAAUCCUGGCUGCUGGAGGACUCCAGUAGAGCUGAGCUACCCGUGACUGACAAGAGUGAUGACUCCCUGCCCAUGGGGGUGGCCAUUGACUACACCAACCAGGUGGAGGUGGCCCUCAAUGAGGAGAAGACCCUCCCUCCUGCUCCAGUUCUCCUGCUCCUUUCUACGGAUGGCGUCCUGUGUCCGUUUUACAUGAUCAACCAGAACCCUGGGGCCAGGCCCGUCAUCAGGACCCCGGAGCGGCUUUCACUGGAGGGGGAGCGGCAACCCAAGUCUUCAGGAAGUACUCCCACCACCCCGACUUCUUCUCAGUCUCUACCGAAGCUGGACGCCUUGGGGGCAGUAGCUCCUACCUCCCUCCCAUCAGUGCCGCCUGCCGUCCCUGCCGUCCCUGCCGUCACCUUCAGUCUGCCUUCUGCCGGGGGGACCCCAGCCGUGUUUGCCUUUGGCUCCUCAUCCUCGAAGUCCUCUGCGCCGGCCCCUGGGGAGCCCCCUCCAUACCCCAGUGGCUCUGACAGCCCCAGAGCAGCCCUAGGCUCCGCUACCCCCGUCUUCUCCAUGGCAACUCCCUCCAAGGGCUCCCAGGCCACCACGUCCGCAGCUUCGCCCCUGGCCCCCCCUGCCUCUUCCUUCUCCUUCAGCUCCUCGGGUUUCAAGCCCACGCUGGAGAGCACCCCGCUGUCCGGUGUGGCUGUGCCAAGCGCAGGACCGAAGCCUGCCUUCCCACCCACGGUCAAGGUGAACCUGAGUGAGAAGUUCACCGUGGCGGCCACUCCGACUCCUGUUGUCAGUGCCCCAAAUGCUCCCUUGGUGCUGCCAUUCUCGUCCACCUCCAAACCAGCUUCUCCUGGGUCACUCAGCCACCCCACGCCACUCCUGGCUCCGGCCAGCUCCACGUUUUUGAAGCCAGCAGGGUCUCCCACAUCCUCAGUAAGAUCUGCUCAGAGCAAUCCGAGUCCAGUGCCCUCCGCGCUGCAGAAGUCGCCCAGGGUCACCCCACCAGUGACGAAGUCCGCCUCAGUUCAGCCCAAGUCACUUCAGCCUCCUGGCACAGAAAAACAGGGACCUCAGUGGAAAGAUUCGGACCCUGUGCUGGCCGGGAUCGGAGAGGAGAUCGCACACUUCCAGAAGGAGCUGGAGGAGCUGAAAGCCCGGACUGCCAAAGCCUGCUUCCAGGUGGGCACACCAGAGGAGAUGCAGACACUUCGGACAGAGUCAGCUGACUUGCACACCUUUCUUCUUGAGAUUAAAGAGACCACCGAGUCUCUUCACGGGGACAUCAGCACCCUGAAGACAACGCUGCUGGAGGGCUUUGCUGGUGUGGAAGAGGCCAGAGAGCAGGACGGCAGAAACCACGACUCCGGGUAUCUCCAUCUGCUCUAUAAGAGACCGCUGGACCCCCGCAGUGAGGCCCAGCUCCAGGAAAUUCGGCGCCUCCAUCAAUACGUGAAAUUCGCUGUCCAGGAUGUGAAUGAUGUCCUGGACUUGGAGUGGGACCGGCAUCUGGAGCAAAAGAAGAAACAAAAGCGCCUGCUCGUGCCAGAGCGAGAGACACUGUUCAACACUCUGGCCAACAAUCGGGAGAUCAUCAACCAGCAGAGGAAGCGGCUCAACCACCUGGUGGACAGUCUCCAGCAGCUGCGCCUCUAUAAACAGACGUUCCAGUGGCGCCUGCCCUUGGCCGCGCCUGUGCAGAGCAGCACUCACAGCUUUGACAGUGACCUGGAAACCCUGAGCAACGCUUUGUUAAAAACCACCAUCGACUCUCAUGCCAAGCCCUUGCCCAGAGUGCCAGGUAAACUGUCCCCGGUGAAACAGACACAGCUAAGAAACUUCCUGGCCAAGAGGAAGACGCCGCCAGUGAGAUCCACCGCUCCAGCCAGCCUGUCUCGGUCAGCCUUCCUGUCUCAAAGAUACUAUGAGGACCUGGACGAAGCCAGCUCCACGUCGUCUGUCUCCCAGUCUCUGGAGGGUGAAGAAGUGCGGGCGACCUGCAAAGACGACGAGGAGGAGGAGGCAGCGGCAGUCCCGGGCCCCCGGCACGCACCUGUGGUCCGCACGCCUUCCAUCCAGCCGGGUCUCAUGCCCCAGGCGGUGCCUUUUGCUAAAUCUCACCUGGGCCACAGUUCCUCGCCUUCCGCUGUGGGAGCGCCACUGUCCACAUCUGCUAGCAGAGUUGUUCCUCAGGGGGCUGACAGCACCAUGCUGGCGACAAAAACAGUGAAGCAUGGUGCUCCUGGGCCCUCCUACCCCAUUGCUGCGCCCCAGGCGGCCGCUGCAGCGGCUCUGAGACGACAGAUGGCCAAUCAAUCAUCAGCUGUCAGCACCUUGACAGAAUCGACUCUGAAGAACGUGCCUCAGGUGGUCAAUGUGCAGGAGCUGAAGAACAACCCCACAGCCCCACCCGCAGCCAUGGGGUCUCCGCUGCCGUACCCCACCGCCAAAACGCCCCACCCCGUGUUGGCCCCAAUGGCUGGCAGCCAAGCCAAGCAGGGCUCUCUGAUGAACUCCCUGAAGCCAUCCGGACUUACACCUGUGUCCAGUCAGUUGUCACCUGCUGAUAAAGGCUCAGGGCCCGGGCCGGCCAGAGUGGACCCAGCAGUGACCUCAACACCUGCUGCACCGGGGCAAGGCAGCAAGCCUUUCUCGUUCACACUCUCGGGGACUGGCUUUAAUUUUGGGAUAAUCACACCAACCCCAUCUUCUAACUUCACUGCUGCACAAGGGGCAGCAUCCCCCACCAAAGACGCAAACCAGCUUGAUGCGCUGUCCUUCGCUGGCGGCAGCAAGCCCUUUUAUGAACCAGUCCCUGAAAGCGCCACUCCCUCAGGACUUGCUGCAUCCCCCAGCACUCCCGGAGGAACUACUGCCACCUCUCCAGGGGAGCCCCUGCCCUCCAGCAGCAGGCCCGGGGUUACACUGCCCACUGCUGCUAGCAAGCUAGACACCCCACCCAGCAAGCUGGGAGAGCUUUUGUUCCCGAGUUCCUUGGCUGGAGAAACUCUGGGAAGCUUCUCGGGCCUGCGUGUGGGCCCAGUGGAGGACUCUGCAAAGCCACCCAGUAAGUCCCCCUCCCCGAGCCUGGUAGGGGCGCAUCCAGCCAAGACUUUGAGCAUGGCCUCUGGGUUUAGCUUCAGUAGCUCUCCAGUGCUCGGGAAGCCUGCUGAGUCCCUGGCCACCUCCACUGUGACUGCUAGCCCUGCAGCACCACUGGCCACCACCAGCACAAGCAUGGCCAGCUCCUCGGCAGGGGUCUUUGGCAGUCUGCCACUUGCAAGUACAGGCACUCUUGGUUUCAGCGGGACAUCACUCAGUGGCAGUAAGACUGUCUUUUCAUUUGGAAUCCAGCAAACCAGUGACACUGCACUCGCACCCACCCCCCCAGGGGUGACAACGGCCACUCCCCUUGCAGCAUCAUUUCCCACCAUGUCCUUCAGUGGCCUCCUGAGCUCAGCGCCUACCCCUUCCUUGCCCGUGGCUUCAGGAAAGAGCACAGAAGAGGCCACAUCGCUAGCCACGCCAGAGAAGCCAGGGAGCAGCGAGGGCUCGGCAUCCACGGUCACACUUCCUGUGCAGCCACAAGCCCCUUCCCAGGCUCCCCUGCAGGCCUCUGACCCAGCGAAGAAGGAGCCCGCUCUGCAGCCUGCAGCCAACAGCCCCACCCUGGCCACGGCUAGUGCCAGCCCCGCAGGGCCUCCUUCUGAGGCUGCUCCCACAGCCCCCGGGGCUCCCGAUGCCAAGGACGAGGCCACGUCACCUGCCCCCAGCCUCCCAGCCUCUGCUGUGGUAGCCAGCACGGCCCCAGGUGUGAGCCUGGUGGCUGUGGAUACAUCAAGCACCACUCCCACCUCUGUCCCUGCUUCCAGCAGUGCUCCAGGCCCCACUGCAGAGGCAGCUGUGUUUGGGACCGCCACCUCCAGCUCCUCUGUCUUCACUCAGCCACCUACUGCCAGUGCCAGCUCAGCGUUCAGCCAGCUCACCAGCAGCACAGUCACGGCCCCCUCUGGCACCCCUGUGUUCGGACAGGGAGCAGCCAGCACGGCACCAAGUCUGUUUGGGCAGCAGACAGGCAGCACAGCCAGCACAGCCACUGCGGCGUCACAGGUCAGCAGCUCAGGGUUCAGUAGCCCAGCCUUUGGAGCCUCGGGCCCAGCUAUCUUCGGCCAGACAGCAUUCGGGCAGACCCCAGCCUUUGGCCAGGCCACCAGCGGCCCCGCCAGUGGCUUCUCCUUUAGCCAGCCCGGGUUCAGCUCCGUGCCAGCCUUUGGCCAGCCUGCCACCUCCACCCCUUCGUCCACCAGUGGCAGCGUCUUCGGGGCCUCCUCGAGCACCAGCAGCCCCGGCUCCUUCUCAUUCGGACAGUCUUCUGCCAGCACCGGAGGAGGGCUGUUUGGACAGACCAACCCUCCCGCCUUCGGCCAGAGCCCUGGCUUCGGGCAGGGUGGCUCCGUGUUCGGGGGUGCCUCAGCCACUACUUCCACGGCGGCGCCUUCAGGCUUUAGCUUUAGUCAGGCUUCAGGUUUUGGAUCUGGCAGUUCCAGUUCAGUGUUUGGUCAGGCAGCCAGUACUGGUGGGACAGUCUUUGGCCAGCAGUCGUCCACUCCUGGCACGAGCGUGUUUGGGUCCGGAAACACUGCAAGGGGCGGAGGUUUCUUCAGUGGCCUUGGAGGGAAACCCAGCCAGGAUGCGGCCAACAAAAACCCAUUCGGCUCCACCAGUGGGGGCUUCGGAUCAACAGCCACUCCAAAUACCUCCAACCUGUUUGGGAACAGUGGGGCCAAGACCUUCGGAGGGUUCUCUAGCUCGUCCUUCGGGGAGCAGAAGACGGCCGGCACUUUCAGCUCUGGAGGAGGGAGUGUGGCGUCACAAGGCUUCGGGUUUUCUGCGCCAAAUAAAGCAGGUGGCUUCGGUGCUGCUCCAGUGUUUGGCAGCCCUCCUACUUUUGGGGGAUCCCCUGGGUUUGGAGGGGUGCCAGCAUUCGGUUCAGCCCCAGCCUUUACAAGCCCUCUGGGCUCGACGGGAGGCAAAGUGUUCGGAGAGGGCACCGCAGCCGCCAGCGCGGGAGGAUUCGGGUUCGGGAGCGGCAGCAGCACCACAUCCUUCGGCACCCUUGCCAGUCAGAACGCACCCACUUUUGGGUCGCUGUCACAGCAGAGCUCCGGCUUCGGGACCCAGAGCAGCGGGUUCUCUGGUUUCGGGUCCAACACAGGAGCGUUCAGCUUUGGAGCCUCUAACUCAUCUGUGCAGGGCUUUGGCGGCUGGAGAAGCUGAGCCACUGUCAGGGUUCCCUGUGUCUGGACCGCCAGCUGCGCCCGCCGACCUCUCACCUGUGGACACAGGAGUGGGUGUCAGUGGACUUUGUCACCAGAGCACACCCCUAGGAGGAAGAUGCAGAGACCGAAGUAGAGAUGCCUGGCCCGUGUUCUGGCCUGUCCCACCUCGGGUUUCGGGCGGGUUCCCUGCUAUUAAACCGUCAGCCUCUUCCCGUUCCCAUCGUCUGUGGGUUUGUUCAUGCCAGGAGAGAGGCACCCUAUCCUGUGCUGGGGACCCAGUAAGACCCCGUGGAGGCUGUUGACCUGCCUCUUGUCUCCUCACGACCUUAGCCCUCCAGGGGCCACUCCACUGUGGGCAAGACCUCGACAGCUCACGGUGUCGGGUGUGGUCACAGUGCAUUAGGUGCCCACGGUCGCUGUGGCUCUUGUGCGGUGUCCCAUGGCCCAGGAGGAGGUGGCAGUGCCAAGACACAGUCCAUAGCCACGAGUGUCAGUAGUCCCGGGACCCUGCUGUGCGGACUCCACUGACAGCGGGUUAUUAAAAUCCUCCUUCCUUCA